GAUUUAUUACAGAAUGAGGCGCGCAGUAGGUACAGCAGCACAGCAGCGCUGAUACUGUGUCUGGUUUGUUCACCAAUACAUAUCAUCAUGAGCCAAAAGAGCGAGUACCGUAUGGCGAAAAUGUCCGCGAAUAAUUUCGCAAUCCUCGAAGAUCAACAAGUGUUGUCCAGUCAAUCCAGAGCUGCACCUCUUUGUCGAUUCGUUUGAGCCGAAUGCCGCGACUUGCAACUUGUUAACUUGUGUAUUUUUGACAAAAUGACGCAACGAGCCCGCUACCUUGGUUUAUUCGAUCAGUUGCGUUUGUGUUUAUUACCUGAUCGCUGUCGGUGCGAAAGCUCAAUCGUUAGAUCAAAAGUUCGGUGAACUGUGUGUCGAAGGACUUAAAAGACUCGUCCUGGUUAUGCAAGACAACUCGGAGCUGAUGUCCUACUCGAGUGCCAGGAAUGAACAUAACCUAGUGUUUAGUUUAGUUUUGAGAUUGAAAUAAUAGGCUUUGUAUGUUGUUGUGUCAUCGAUAAAGCAAAAUGAACAGGCUACUGUAUCAGACGUUUUUCUCGUUCAUCUGCUGUACACUUGGACAGCAGGCAACAGAGACCCACACCACUGGAUUAGUGCCAGAUCAGGAUGACGCUUUGCUUAUGUUCUCUACAUUAGAUGGAUCUCUUAUUGCUGUAGAGCAAAGAACAGGAGAAAUCAGGUGGCAUCAGAAUGAUGAACCAGCAGUUAAGGUUCCCCAUGAUACAAAUCAAAUGUCAAUGCCUGUAUUCUUGCCAGAUCCAAAAGAUGGAUCAUUGUACUUGUUUGGUCCUGAAACAGAGGCCUUGAAAAAGCUGCCCUUUACUAUUCCACAAUUGGUAGCUAGUAGUCCAUGUCGCAGUAGUGAUGGCAUUUUAUAUACUGGACGUAAAAUUGACACCUGGUUCAGUGUGGAUCCAAAAACAGGUGAAAGAGAGCAACUUCUUGGAUUCAGCAAAGCGGACAACACCUGUCCUAUAGAUACUCAGAAUGCUAUAUAUGUAGGCCGAACAGAGUAUAACAUAAUAAUGAUAGAUAGCAAGCGCAAAGAUAGAAAGUGGAACGUCACUUUUUAUGACUACUCAGCUGCUAAAAUGGAUAAUGAGCUGGUUGAAGACUAUGAUUUGGCUCAUUUUGCUGGCAGCUCUACUGGACAAGUUGUAACAUUGGAUAGAUUUGGAAAUACUUUAUGGAAUAUCAAUCUUGGAAGUCCAGUUAUAGCAAUUUACACCAUUAGUAAAGAUGGUCUUAUUACAAUACCAUUUACUAGUGUGUCUGAAAGUACUUUGGGUCAAUUGUUGCAGAAAAUUGCUAUCAAUCCUAAUGAAUUUCAAUUUUUCCCAACACUAUACAUUGGAGAACACAGCCAUGGCUUGUAUGCCUUACCAUCAUUUUCAGAUUCAGCAACCCCAACCAUAGCAAGUAAAGCUGGACAAUUGCUUCUAGAAGGUCCCAUAAUUAGUCAAAUGCAGAAGAACGAGUCACCUCCUCCGCCGUUUGACGGUGGUUCAAAAGAACCUCUAGAAAGUGAUUUUCAAAGAAUCGGUGCUGAUAAAAAUAAUAUAAUGAUUCUAGGUCAUUAUGAAGUUCCUAGCGAGUAUAAACCCCACAAUCAGCCUUUGCAAAUCACCGGUCGUUCUGACCCGGUCAUUCUCACGAAGGGAAAUACGUUCAAUAAAACAAAAAAAAUAGACCUGACUAUCAAUGAAAAACAACUAAAUGACUCCGGUUACGACAGCAGAGGCUGGCGUAGAGCUCUCAGCAUUUCUUACGCGGCCAGCAAGAAGUGGCUCAAUCAACAGGAAAACAAAGGUCUGAAAUUGGCGCUCAUAAUACUCGUUGGAUGCGUCGUGACUAUGUUCUGGUACUUAAACGCUCAGUUCAAAGAGUUUCAACAGUUAUCACAGCAAUUUGAUCAGGGUUCGCGAGAGAACAGCCGCACCGGUAGCAAUGGCAGAAACGGGACCAUAUACACGCCCGAAGAGAUCGGCGAGGGACUCGUGCGUGUCGGCAAGAUCACUUUCAACGCUGAAGAGGUUCUUGGCAAAGGCUGCGACGGAACCUUUGUCUACAAGGGUGAAUUUGAUGGCCGAUCUGUAGCAGUGAAAAGACUGCUGCCCGAUUGUUUUACCUUCGCCGAUAGAGAGGUCGCGUUGCUACGCGAGUCAGACGCCCACGCAAACGUGGUCCGUUACUUUUGUACCGAGCAGGAUCGGCUUUUCCGGUACAUUGCGCUGGAGCUGGCCGAAGCCACUCUACAGGACUACGUUGCUGGCAGAUAUGAUCGGACAAAGAUAUCCACGAAGAAUAUCCUAAAACAGGCCACUUCUGGUCUUGCUCAUUUACAUUCCUUAGAUAUAGUACACAGAGACAUAAAACCGCACAAUGUACUACUCUCGGUACCGGGGCCUCGUGGUGAGGUUCGCGCUAUGAUCUCGGACUUCGGGCUCUGCAAGAAGCUGCAGCGUGGACGCAUGUCGUUCUCGCGACGAUCAGGGGUCACUGGCACCGAUGGCUGGAUUGCCCCAGAAAUGCUUAAUGGCCAGAGGACCACUUAUGCCGUAGACGUAUUUUCCCUGGGCUGCGUAUUCUAUUAUGUACUAUCCAGUGGGAAGCAUCCUUUUGGCGAUCCUCUUAGGCGGCAGGCCAAUAUUUUAUGCGGAGAAAUCGACUUGACAGCUCUGCAAAACAUAUCGGAGAACGACAAACAGGUCGCGUUGGUUCUCAUAAAAGCUAUGGUCGAUAGCGAUCCGUUGAAAAGACCGCCAGCUCAGGCAAUUCACGAUCAUCCCAUGUUCUGGGACGCAGCCCAAGUUCUUACGUUCUUUCAGGACGUUAGCGAUCGCGUCGAAAAGGACGGAUCUGAAAGCCCAGCACUCCGGGCUCUGGAAAGAGGCAAUCGCAAGGUGGUUCAAGGUGACUGGAGACUUCACAUCGAUGUCGAGGUAGCCACUGAUCUUCGCAAGUACAGAAGCUACAGAGGCGAAAGCGUUAGGGAUUUGCUUCGAGCGCUUAGGAAUAAGAAACAUCACUACCGCGAGCUGACAGUUGAGGCACAGCAGAGCUUGGGUGAGAUCCCGACCAAAUUCACAGAUUACUGGCUCUCCCGGUUUCCACAUCUACUUAUCCACUCGUGGUGCGCAAUGCAAAACUUCCGCUCGGAGCCGACUUUACGCAGCUACUACGAUCCAGUGUACGAGUUCAAGACCGAGGACACUAAUGAUACCGACGUAGUCGAUGAUGAGGAUUUCAUGAAUUUGUCGCGUAACGAUGACAGGCUCAUACCCUCUUGGAGGGGCUCCGAAAACACGGCCAACGCUGUUGAUUGGAGUCCCAACAGGUCGAGGUUUCGUGGACAACGUAGGAAAAAAGUUGACCAACAGGAUAAAAAAAAAAUUGAAGUACCUUCCGUCUGGAGCUUGCCACCCGCGAGUUAGUCCUCACGAUCAGUUGUUGACUUACACUCGCUUGGUUUGCCGAUUUUGAAUUUGCUAUUAACGCUUCGAAACUGCUUUCCGUGUAACGUCCCAAUUCCGGUUUGAUUUUUUUUAAGAGUAAAGGUACUGGUUGAAAUAUCAUAAAGAAAUUUUAAUGAUUGAUCAAUCAAACAUAUAAGAAUUAUGAAAAAUUAUUGUGUUUUUCUACAUUAAUGAAUAAUACUCAAACCAGUAAUUACUUGAGCACUGCACGUUUUCGAAAUUAACUUGAUUGUAGCACAAUGAUUAUUUAACGUGUGGCAAUGUUACUUAACAUUUUUUGAACUUUUCGUUAAGUAUUCACUUGCGUGAUAUGGAAUUGGGACUUGAUAUUUUACCGUUUACAGUUUAAAAAAGCGAAAAUAUUAACAUUUGUUGGACUGAAUUUUAAGUAUACUUGUUAAUAACGGAUUUUCUAAGUAUAAAUUAAGUUUUCUAAAAUUAUACGAGUAUGAUGAAUGGCAGUACUAAUGUGGUCGGUAAAACACGCGAGAAUUGUAUGUGUCCACGAUGAUAGAAUCUGAUUUUAGCCACGAAGAGCUUUUAACCUGUAUAAAGAGGGUAACUGAACCAAUGAAUGAAGACAGAGUUUAAGUUAAUGAUCACUAGUAAGGUAUUUAAGUUUGAAUGUUUUAAAUAGAUUACAUUUCACAUAUUACCUACAAACUUUACAUGACUUGGUGAAGAAGUUGGUAAGUGGUAGUAGUUUUUGGUGCCAAAAGAAUAUUGUUUUUUCAGACUUUUUUUGUAACUAUGUCUUUUGGCACUUUUAACAUAUAUAAAUACUUUUCUCAAAGCUAGUUAUGAAAUAGAAGAGAAUGCUAUCAAAUGCCAUAAUUUUUUUCCUACACUUACUUUUUGUGCUUUUUCUUUCGAUGAUAGUACGUGGUCAGUUCUCGGUGCACUUAUCCCAAUAGCGUGUAAUGUAUGUUAUAAGUUUUGAGAAUAUUUGUGAUACUUGUGUGUAAGUUUGCAAUGAUAAAAAUACGAAAAAUAGAUGCAAAAAAAUAAAAUUACUUUUAUUGAUGAAGUGAUCGUUAGGGUUUGUAUCUGUUUUUACAUGUAACUACGGUGCGUAAGUGUAUAAUACGCAUUUGUUGAUUUUACUGAUUUUAUAUGUAUAAAAAUAUGUCGACACAUCACUUGACGAGAUGUUGAAUGAUACAAAGAACGCAUAUAUGAUAAGUGUGAUUUUUAGAAAUUUUAUGGGUCGAUUUUUGUAAAUACUUCUGAUUACAUUUUUUGACGACAGGUGUUUUUCUUAGCACAAAAUAUGGGUUCACUUUUAUAUGAUAAAUGCUGCACUAACUGUAAAUAGGAGUCCAGAAUAUAUAUUUAUAUGUAUAUUUUAUUUAAAAAUCAUGUUUUACUAUACAUCACUGAUAAUCGUUUGCAGUUUUGAUAUUGCACUUUGAUAAGAAGAAAGAAAUUAUUUAAAUAGAAUAAAAUUAAAUAUUAAAAAAUAUACAAAUGAUUUUGACAUAACAUACAUAUAUCACAAUUUUUGGUUUCAUGUUCACACAAAGUGAAUGAUAAAAACAUGAUUUGCAUAUUUAGUAAAUAAAAUGCGUUAGUUUAAUAAAAAAUUCUAUCAAAUAAUGUACAAUGAAGGUUAAGAUAAAAUAAAAAAUUUCAACGAUUCAA